GAAAGGGGUGAGCAGGGAAUGGAGAAAGCUCGAGCGCGUGCGCUUCUAAUAUAAUUUUGCUCGGCAUCGUCGGCUACAGUUCCCUGUCGCUUUCUUUCACGCUUUUUCGGAGCUACGAGAGAUAUUGCGUAAAUACGGAAAAUCUCGCGAAAAAAAGGAUAAAAUGUCGAGUAGCAAGUGUGUGAAACAACCGCGUAAAGCGUAUGCGAAAGAACAACACGAAAUGAGCCAUUCGGAAAAGCUAAGAUUGAUCGAUGACGAGUUAAAUUCAUUUUACAAAUAUUGUCAGCAAGCUGGUUUUACCGAGGAAGAAAUGGAUAUUAUUUGUCAACCUCUGGUAGCGGCAAUGCGCCGGUCAUGGUUGCAACUCGUUUUUCGUGGUACUCUGAUACUCGUUGUGCUUGGUACCUUGGCCUGUCUUGCAGCCCAACUUGAUUUCGUUGGAACUCACUUUACUGCUCUUAGCCGUUUAUUAUUAAUCAAAGUAUUACCAAUCUGGAACUGGCAACCUCUUUAUUAUGAAAAUUGCAUGAUCAAUAAUCCCUUCUAUAACGAUUACACGAUCACUGAAGAAGAUUGCGUGACUUGCGAAGCCCUAGAAACGAUCGAUCGUUUAUCGGACGUAAGAUAUCUUAGCCUCGUUGACAAUUAUCUCAGCCGGGAUGCCCCAGCGAUUAUCACCGAUGCGAUGGACACAUGGGCGGUCAUGAAUACGGAUUACUUCUGGUUUGAUAAUAUAACUCAUCUUUACUUGGAGAACGAGAGAUUGAUGGAAACGGUCCCAUGUGCUCUAACGUCCAACUUAAGAAUGGGUUCGUCCGAUUUAGCAGCUUUUUUGCGUCGAGUACACUCACCAGAAGUUGCCAAGUGGUUCGUGCAUUGGCAAAAUUGUGACAUCAAUGCUGUCAAAGUAUUGAGAAAAUAUUAUCAAAGACCUUACUUCCUCUCGAGCACGGUCUCGCCUGCACACUUCAAUUGGGUCCUUAUGUCAUCGGACUACAACAGUCCUAGUUAUAAAAAAGUCGAGCUAGAUUCUGGGUUGAUAGCUUUGGCACAGCUUCGUGGUGCAACUCAAUUGCGAUUAACGCCGAUAAAUCCAUGCAAUAGUUCUUGCCCCGAACUCGUUGCCGAUUUGCAUCAGGGAGAGAUGCUGGUAUUUACCAAUAUGAUGUGGACUUUGGAGUAUGCACCAAUGCGUGGAUUGGAUAACAUCGCUAUCCUUACGGAAACCGUUUGGGAAGAAGAUACAUAAAUCGUGAAAAAUACUUACAAAUAAUACAUCGAUCGGGAUAAUAAAAUACUUUUGUUGCGAUUUCUUCUCCAUUCUUAAUAUAUCGAUAUAAACGUAUUAAAUAGGGCAUGUCCAUCGAUCGUAUAGUAUCCGUCGUUCGUUUUCAUUAAUAUGUAUUUCAGUGCAGAAAAAAAAGAAGAAAUAUAAUAAAAUAUCGUCUAUGUCUGAU